UGCACUUCUCCCACUCACCAUCAUGAACAGCACUGUGACAGCAGUGGAGUCAUUCCGGUUCCUGGGCACGACCAUCUCUCAUGACCUAAAGUGGGACAUUCACAUUGACUCCAUUGUUAAAAAGGCCCACCAGAGGUUGUAUUUCCUUCGCCAGCUAAAGAAAUUCAACCUGCCACAGGAGCUGCUCACACAGUUCUACUCAGCCGUCAUUGAAUCCGUCCUGUACACUUCAAUAACUGUCUGGUUUGGUUCAGCUACGAAAACAGACAUCAGAAGACUACAAAGGACGGUUCAGACUGCUGAAAGAAUUGUUGGCACUGCCCUGCCCAUGCCACAAGAACUGUAUACAUCCAGAGUGAGGAAAAGGGCUCGGAAUAUCACUUUGGACCCCUCACACCCAGGCCACCUUUUAUUUGAACUUUUGCCGUCGGGUCGACGCUAUAGAGCACCUAACACUAGGACAGUCAGGCACAGAAACAUUUUUUUUCCCCAGGCAAUCUCCCUCACACAUUUCCAUAAUUGUCUUUUGAUUGUGUAAAGCUGCUUUGAAUUGGGCAGCAUGGUGGUGUAGUGGUUAGCACUGUCGCCUUGCACCUCCAGGGUCCAGGUUCGAUUCCCGUCUCUGUGCGCAUGGAGUUUGCAUGUUCUCCCUGUGCUUGGUGGGUUUCCUCUGGGUAUUCCGGUUUCCUCCCACAGUCCAAAGAUAUGCAGGUUAGACUAAUUGGUGUCCCCAAAUUACCCGUAGUGUGUGAUUGAUUGUACGAGUGUGUGUAUGUGUGUGACCUGCGAUGGAUUGGCACCCUGUCCAUGGUGUUCCCUGCCUUGUGUCCAGGUCCCAGCAACCCUGAAUACAGGAUAAAGCGAUAUAGACGAUGAUCACCGUUGUGAAGACUUCAGCAUGUCAGGAGGGAAGAUGAUUGAAAAAGCAGUUUUCCUCUAAAGACCCUUCCACAGUGACACUGAGGUCUGUGCCACACGUGGGUGCUGAAACCUUCAUCCCUCAGGUCAGUGUCCAGGUGAGUCCUGCUGCUCAGGACACAUAAUGAAGACUGGAAUCAGUCACACUGUAGGAAUCCAAGUAGAGAUCCUGAUGACUGACACACACUUCUCACAUACACAAGAAUUUUUCACAAAUCCAGUACCUUUCACUCAAAAGAGCCGAAUCAGAGAGUCGACUCGUGGCCAAACGACUCAUCAUUACACCUCCAUUACUGGUGUGGCUCAUCCCAAACACAAAGUGCACAGAAACUAAGAGACUAAACACUUGGCUAUGCUGAAGAUCCUACUGAAAAUAAAAUGAUUAUUUUAAUGCUUUAAUGCAGCCUGGAGACAAUUUAUUGAUUAAACUUUAAGGAAAUGGCGCAAAGUCCAAGGAGAACACCGACAGAUGAUAUUUAUUCGGAUGAUUCACCAUCAAAUGAAACCAGCUCGGAUCUUCGGCUCGUUUUGCUGGGUGGAGACUGUAUGUAUAACAAUCAUGCAGCAGGCCUUAUCCUCAGGUCCCGUGACAUAAAUUUAGCCAACAAUCCGAAAAAAGGCCACUGUAGGGAAGCGACCAUUGAUGGACGACAGGUCUCCGUAUUUGUGGCUCCUUCCUACUGGAUGGAACAUUUGGCCUCCUAUUUGUUUUUCCGAAAUGGAGUCGAGUCCAUCAGACAUGAGAUUCAAAAUUGUACAUCACUGACGUUUCCUGGUCCUCACGCUUUCCUUCUAGUGAUGCGAGCUGGACACGCUACUGGCAAAGAACAUCAUCUUUUAAAAGCAAUAACCUACAUGUUUGGAGCUGAGGCAUUACACUACACCAUGGUGUUGUUCGUUCAUGGACAUGAAUGGGAAAAUCCUACAGAUGCGCUGAAAAACCGCUGCGUGAAGAUGUGUGGGAAAAAAUAUUUCAAUUUGGACAACAGUGAUGAAAGUGUCGUGGAGCUUUUCGGGAGAAUCAAAGCAAUGACACGGAGAAAAGAAACCAGGAUCUUUGUUCAACACUCCUAUGAAAAAGUCAUGAAAAUGUCCUAUGAAUCAUGGGAAAGUAAUUGGUUGUGCAGAGAAAAUAAGCUGAAGAAAGAACUGGCAGACCAGAAGACAGAAGCCGAGACACUUAGACAAACUGAGAGAGAAUUAUUAAAGGAGCAGGAAGCAUCCGAACACCGCGAGAGUGUUUUACGGAAGGAUUUGGACACAGCAAAAGGUAAAGAGAUUGCUUUAUUAGAGGAGCUGCAAGCAUCCAGGCAACGCGUGAGUCAGCUGUGUAACGAUUUGGAUGCAGCCAGAAAUGCUGAGAGACGGUUGAGGAAACAGCUGAAUGAAUUACAAGCCGAUGAAGCAGGAGAAUUGAAACCAGUAAAACGCAAUAGCAAAGACACAGGAAGAGACUGGCCAAACAUGUCAGAAAAUCCUCCAUAUGAAGUUCACAUCAGACAUCAAGAGCUUUAAUCACCGGAAAACAACUGCCCAAGUGGACGGCUGGUGCCACAGUCAAGACCAGCUUAUUUUUAACAUUUGAACUUUUUAUGUCCGUGUAAGACGAACUACCGUACGUCUGCUGUCUGGGACGGUGGGAGAUGGUCUCCAAAUGGGAUCGGAAUAAGAUCUGAUGUUUUUGAACACCCCAGUCCAAGCUAAUUUCUAUUACAGUUAUCUGUCUCUUCCUGUUUGAGGUUGAGGUUUUAAAUCUGUUAUUUCUUCUGUCCACUAACAAAAAAACAUGAAGCCAAUUUCCUCACCCUCUGUGUGACCUCAGAGUCCACUUGGUGAAUAGUUGUGUGAGUAAUAUGUACAAUUUGAAUAUAUGUUACAUGGAAUAUUAUGUAACUCGAUCAACUAUGAUCUCUUCUGGCAUAAAAUGUAAUGUAAAGAUGCUGAAUGUUUUCUGACUAUAAUUUAAGCAAAAACGAAAUCAACACCGGCUCCAAACCUGAGAAAGCUAUUCUACAUGGAUUAAACCUGUGUUAUGGAAAUACAACAUGUAUCUAACUUAUAUAUAUGUUUAUAACUAAAGUUAUGACUGGAAAUAAAUUUUCUGCUCAUCUCCGAAUAUCUUUGCUCUA